AUGUACCCCAAAUUGCGAACGGCGGGGUCAGCACUUGCCCAGACUUCCCGACGCGGCCUGGACGGCCUUCGGGGCGCUGUGUACGUGAAUAGGCGGCGGCGAGAAGCCGAGCUCUGAGGGCCCAAACGGCAAGCGCUCCACAACCGCCAAGGGUGCUUGCGUUUCGCUGGAGGGGUUGCCGUGAGAGGCCUAGCCUCGUCGCUCAGGAAAUAAUCGCGGAGCUCGAACUUCCGAAAAGCCACUGCUAUUGCCUCGCGCUAUGCCGCUCCCCCUCCCCCGCCGCGCCGCCUUUCCUGCCGGCGGCAUUGGCUACUGGGAGUCGGAGCUUCCCACUAGGCCUGUCCUGCCUGUGGGGAUAAUGUACCAGGCCUAGACAGUCCCCUUGUUCCCCGGCUCACAAGGGGAACGUGCGCCCUCAUACGCCCGGCCAGCCAAGAGUCUCUUAACAGUGGAAAAGCGGGGCGGCACAAACCAGUCGCUUGGCCGCUGCCACUAAGCGAGCGAGCAGGCGAGUUUCCGUUGCCGGAGCGGAGAGAAGAAAUGUAAUAGGACUCCGGCGGCCCCCUUUCCCCGCCCACGAAAGCCUGCAGGCGGCAGCGGAAAGGAAGUUUCACCAUCUCUGGGGAGGUGAGCAUCCCAGGUGCACGUUGAGGCGUGUUCAGGUGAGGGCGGGGAGGCUUGCUUGCUGUUAUAUACUAGGCAGGGCAGAACAGGUGAGGGAUAACGUGCUGCUAUUGACAAUUAUAACGGAGUGCCAUCACCUCGCUCCGCCUCCGCGCCCAACCCGUUUGCAGAAAGGGAAGCUGCAGCUUGCGAUCUUCCCGGACUCUGGAUUGGAAGAAUCUGCCAUUAAUAGAGGAACCCCCCCCCCAACAACCGCCUCAAACUCGUGCAGAUAUAUGUGGCUGCUUACUGUCGUUGCAAACUCAAAAGUCCUCAGGUUAAAAUCCUAAGCACUUGCAAGUAAGCCCCAUUGGAUUCAACGGAACUUGUUUUUGAGUAAGCAGGCAGGAGAUAGUGCCAAUCUGCAUUACAAGAUUGUUGCAAAUAGACUUGAGAUGCAUUAGGUUAGGGAAAGUACCAGGGAUGCAUUUCUAAUGCAAUUCCCAGCAAGUAAAAUGCAUGGAAAUCCAUUACACUUUAGAAUAAAUGUACAGAGGACUAGGCUAUGGACUCUGCGCCAUGAAAGCUUGGGUCUUGAUAAGUUUGUAAGUGCCACAAGACUCCUAGUUGUUUUUUGCUUCCACAGACUAACAUGGCUAGGAUGUAUAAUGUUGUUCACUGUAAAGCUGAGAUGGGAUAGUUAUCUUGUCAAGGACAAGUGUUGAGAAAAGAGAAUUAAUAUUUAUUUGUGCUUUUCACACGUGGAAUUCUUGCAUAGAUUUAGUUCUGUGUUGGAAUUCAUACUUAUUCCACGUGUUGGAAUUCAUACUUAUUCUACCCUAGGUAGAAGCUGGAUUAUCAUUCAUCAAUGACCCUCUGUCCUAUGGGCGGCGGCCUUUUCUCUGGUAGAUUGUUCCAGGUCGGUUAAGUAAAUAGACCAACCAAAUUGAAAGAUUAUAAAUAUAAAUAUAACCUCGGAGGGAUAGUCAGGACAGGGAGAAAGGUAAUAAUAACCAGAAGCAGAUAAAUUAAUAAUCUCAGUACUUAAAACUUGGCAGAGGUAAUAAAAUAAUAAUAAUAAAACAUAAUGAUAAUAAUCAUAAGAUCCUAGGCGAGGAAUCCGGGUGACGACACAGAUGUCAUUCAGAUAGCAGCUCUCAGUUUCAUUGCUCUCUCGAUAAAUUUGGCAACCUUCUCUGUUGUCAAGCUGUUCUGGUUGGCUAGGAGUGAGAACAAUUUGGCUUCACAAGAGCGGCCCGGGAUGGCAGAUAGGAGCGGCGUGAUGGUCUCGUCCCUGAGAACAUGUUAUAUUGAAAUUCCAAUUUCUAAAAAUGCAGACUGAUGCAUUUACUUGAGAAUAAGCAGCAUAGCAGGAAUUGUUUUUCAAAACAAACAAACAAACAAACAUAGGAUCACACUUCCUUUGUAAGAAAAAGGUAUUGGAUCAGUUGGUGCCAGGAAGAUUUCCAUUUGAAACGUAUUAGGCACAUUUUUGCUUUUACUCAGUCAUAUUAAAACUUUUUAAAAUGUCAGCUUGAGGUUGGUCUCUCGCAUCUCCACCUGCUUUUUCUUGACUCUGUAACACACUGCUUUAUGGUUUGUUUGUGUGUUUUUGGUAAUAUCCCCAUUCUCAUAAAAUAUGACUCAAAAAUGACUGACCAAAAUGUGCUAGAUGAAAUAUAUAUAUCUAAAUUUACAAGAAUUGUCAUUCGCUGCGUCCAUAAGGAUUAGGAGUGCUGAAUUGUCACCUUUGUUUCAUGUGUGUAACUCUGCAUUCUUGUCUGGAAAUACAAAGAACCAUUUCUCAACUGGUUAGGAUUCCAGAGAAACCUUUUCUUUUUCCUUUUUGCCAGAAUUUAGGCUUGACAAAUGUCAUAACUAAUGCUUUUUCAUUCUUUAUACAGAAUGGAAGCCUGCAACAAGACUGUUGAAAUGGCUUUCCAGCUAACAACAUUUUUUUUCCUUCUGUUGGAAACAAAGCAAAUUAUUUCCCAUCUUUGUGCAUUUUUCCUUUUGAGAAAGUAGAGCCAUCAGGGCCAUCUUGUCUGCUAGAUUAAUUAAACCAGUCUUGCUUCUUUCUGCUUUGACCUUUAGAUGGAAGGAGACCAAGCAGCAAGCAGUAUGAAAACACAGACAGUUCACUUACUUCCAGAAGAGCAACUAGUGGCACUACAUCACCAGAUGGUGGAAAAUCAGGCAUCCUAUCAACACAGACUACAGAAUUCCCAGGAGGCACAGCAUAGGCAGGCAGUACUUGUACAAAAGUUACAGGCAAAGGUAAAACCAUUACAUUUCUAGUGAUAUCUCAAACAAGGAGAUGAUGAAUUUUGAGUAGAGAGCUCUUGGUGGAUGGAAGAAGGGUACAUGAAGAAUAAAGUGCUUGCUUGAAAACAAGUUUCCUUCUGCUGUUCUUCUAAAUAUGCAUUUUGGGCAUAGAACCUUUUUCCUGACUUGGCGAAUUGCUCAGUUCUAAACUUGCGAUAUCCCCCGUUUUUCUGUCUUUCUGAAAACCUGUACCCCCUCCUCCCCGAAGCAAUGAGCUGCUGUGCCAGUUGGUAAAUAUUAGCAUCAUUGUACUACUUCAAAGGCACUCUGCUGUGCUUGCUGGAAGUUAAGCUGAUGCAUCAAUAACCAGCUAAUUUGCCAUUUGAUAUAAAUGGUGAUAUAAAUGCUGGCCACAUGACCUGGAAGCUGUACGCUGGCUCCCUCGGCCAAUAAAACGAGAUGAGCGCCGCAACCCCAGAGUCGGUCACGACUGGACAUAAUGGUCAGGGGUCCCUUUACCUUUACUUAUGUAUGUGAAAUGUACAAAAUCAUCCCUAAACAACUUGGAACAAACUCAGAACUCUUAGAAUUUCAUGAAGGGUGUUGCUGCAUACACACUCUAAGAGGUAAUAAUAAUAAUAUACCAACUUUUCCUGUUUUAUUGCAGGUGCUGCAAUAUCGUAAUUGGUGCAAGGAGUUAGAAAUGCGUCUGGAAGCAAAUAGGGUAAGUUUUAAAGUAUGUGAGUACCAUUUUUUUUGUGGUUUUGCUAUUGGUAACAAAGUGUUGGAGAAAUUGGUGCCCUUGUCCUGGCAAGUGAUCACUGCUAAAAGAAAUUAGCAUAGUUCAAUAUAUGCUGUAAUGUCACAAACAAUGGGCAUGCUUAUUUACAUGGAAACUAGCAAGGAAAUCAAAUUAUGACAUAGCUUUGACUAAUCUUCUAUUAUGAACAGCAGGUGUGUGUGGAGGGGUGGAUUCUCACUGGGAUAAUAGUGGGGCCAAGUGAUUAUAGUUCCAUUUUCUCCAGUUAUUUUCAAAAAUAAGCCACACAAGGACUAAAGUUGUGAAUGACACUGUGUCUUGUUUGGCCCUUAAGCAUCUUUCAUUAAGCAAGAAAAACCCUAAAAAUGCAAGCAAAUGCACUUCAAGUUGUGCUCAUCUCAGCUGUUCACUGGCUUAUUGAUUCAUGGGACGUUAACAAGGAGAUCCUGAAGUGAGGAAAUAGACUUAAUAUGGAUGUUGUUUUGAUUAAAUUGUCUGCCUUUUUUGCAAAGGGGUCCCAUCCACACCAGUGGGAUCGUAAAGAGGACCGUAGUCUAGAGAAAGCGCUGAUCCAGUUGGAAGAAGAGCAGCAGAGGUGAGUGAGCUUUUGCAGAAGCUUUAUCUUAGCUGGUUUUUGGGGAAAGCAGUGCAACAGCUGCAGCACCAUCAUUUCAUCUUAUUGGGACCUUUACAAUAGAGAUUUGCUAAUCCAUUGCCUUUCUCCUACGCUUCAGAUGUGAGAAUUUAGCUGGGGUGAACAACUUGCUCCGUGAGCACUUGGACAAAGCCAAUGAGGUGAAUGGGGCUCUCCGAGAGGAUGUCAGCAAGCUGAUAGCUGACUGGACAAGGGCCAGAGAUGAGCUAGAGCACAAGGAGAGCGAAUGGCAUAAAGAGCGGGAGGUAGGAAUGUGUCACUAAUAAGAUACUGGGUAGGGAAGGUGGAUUUCCUUAUUGAUUAACCUUAUAUUCUAGGCACAAAUACUCAUUUCUGGUUUGGCAGGCAUUGGCUGGGAUUAAGAAAACAGUAGAAUAUUAAUUCAGGGUGCGUACAGAUGUACAUUGUUCUAGAAGUCAAGACGCUGUGGAAAUUGUUUCAUAUUUAAUAUACGUAACUUAUACUGUAAGUUAUAGACAUGCAGUUCCCAGUGAAUGAUUUUCAGAGGUAGUGUUGUGAAGAAAAAUAACUCCUGUAUUCAGUAUAGAUCUGAACAUACCUUUAAUUGAUGUGGAAAAUGCUGUGUAUUAUGAGAUUAUCCUAUACGAUCCAUGCAUUCUAGGUUAGAAAAGUAUUUCUCAACCAUUUGACUUCUUUCCAGACUUCUCAAUAAUUGGUCAGUCCUAAACAGUAUAAUAAAAGCUUUUUCAAAUUUCAGAGAAAUGUAUUUUUUAACAGUUUAAACAGACUCAGUUUUGUCGGUUCUGAAAAUCUUUAACAUGAUUCUGAAUGCUGCUGGCAAUAAUUAAAUAUGCAUUUUUGAAAGAAAGCAGUUUUUGUUUUAGGCUGGGAAAAUAAAGCUGUGACUUGCUGUUGUCUUUACAUAUAUAGUUCUUUGAGAGUUAUAUGCGGACUGAACAUGAUCGUCUCUUUGGCAUAUGGCGGCAAGUAGUGACCUUGCACCGUUAUUUUGUGGAAAUGAAGACAGCAACUGACAGGUGAGGUUUUUCUGUCAGUUGAAUGUGAAAUCAUUUGCUGAACUAAAAUAGCUGAUUAACAGGGGGGGAAACUGACUCUAGCUUUUCACGUCUUUAAAUCUGUAAUUUAAUUUUUUUUGUCCAGUAUAGUAUUAUUUGUUUCUGUUUCAGGGAUCUGUCUGAACUAAAGGCUGAGCAAGCAAGACUUUCUGGCUGUAUACUUGUCAGUUGCUUACACUUAAGUUCUGGCACACAGCUCUUGGAUACCAAUAGUUUUGAAAAACUUACCCUGAGGGGACAGGCCCAACAGCAGCAACUUCAUAUCAGGCCCAAGAAGUUGGAUAUGGAAAAGGAAAUAUACCAGCAAGCACAAACAAUUGUGAGUUUGCAUGUCAAAGGAGAAUUAGCAAAGGAGGAUCUUCAUAACAGGUAAAGUACCUCCUUAAAAGGCCCCACUAGCUGCUGUCCUCAUUUACUGUAGAUUUUUUAAAGAGUCAGAUGGGACAUAAUAACAUAACAGUGCUGCUGAAUCAGACCAAAGGCCUAUUGAAUCUAGUAUUCUCUUAAAGUGGCCACCUAGAAGCUCCUGCAGCCAAUCGGAAGCUACACCUUGGUUUUUGAAUGGUUCCGGGAGUUCAACAGACUCCUGGAACGGAUUAAGUUCAACAGCCAAGGUACCACUGUACUAGAAUCUCAGAGAUCAGUCACUGAUCCAGAGAAGGGAUUCAACCCAGUGUGGUUUUGUCUCUAAAAAAAAUACUGACCGGUGAUUCUUGAGCUGGGGGUGAGGGGGGGUGAGGAAGAGGAUAAAAAAGACAAAGGCUAUAUUUUAAGCUAGUAUAGUUGAUGUCAAAUGAGUUGUGAAGUAUAGACUAAGUGGUUUGGUGUCUGCAACUUUGGGCAUGUGAAGUUGGAUAGGAGUAUGUGUUGCUGCACAAUUUGCUUCAUAACUUUUUUCCUAAGGUGGUUGGAGAUUUGCAUUUUUUUUAAAAAAUGAAAGCUCAAAUCUGUGGGCCCUGCCUAGGGUCACCAGUGAAGACUUUCACAGGUGCAGGAUUGACAACCCCUGUGCUAAUGUGUUAGCCGCCCUGAGCCCGGCUUCGGCUGGGGAGGGUGGGAUAUAAAUAAAAAAAUAUUAUUAUUAGUGAAAAGCCUAGUGUGCUGUAAAUGCUUCUCUUCUUUUUCCAAGGGUGAUAGAGUUGACUGCCUUGCUUGAACAGUCACAAAAACAGAAUGAGGAGAAGGAAAUGUCAAUGAAGACUCUCAGAGACACUGUGGAGAUUCUGGUAUGUUUGCAACUGUUUGAAAAAUAAUCCAGUGGCUGUUGUGGAGAAACGUUCCUUUGUCCUAUUGUAAACAUGAAGAGGAACUGCUCAUUCCGUAUAUAUAUCUAAUAGUAGAGACUGUCAGCACUUAGAAUAGAGGUGUCUAAGAGCGAGUUGUUGUGAAGGGUUGCAAUUCUCAAGUGAUUCUAUAGUAUAGAAUGCAACAACUGGAAAAAGGUUAUCUGAAGUUUCUGAGGAAAUCUGCUUUGCUUCUUUCUUCUGGACUUGCCUAUAGACAGACUUUUUUAAAACGUAUUUUCUUUGGCAUCUUAGUUCUGGUUAGUGACGUAGCAGGCAUUUGGAGACACUCCACUGAUAUGAUGCUGUCAUUCAGUACUCUUCUUAAACCUGUGCUCUAAAAUAUGAGCUAUAUCUGAGGGAAUUGCACCUCUAGAAGAAGGUGUAAAGGUAAAGGGACCCCUGACCAUUAGGUCCAGUCGCGGACGACUCUGGGGUUGCGGCGCUCAUCUCGCUUUAUUGGCCGAGGGAGCCGGCAUACAGCUUCCGGGUCAUGUGGCCAGCAUGACUAAGCCGCUUCUGGCGAACCAGAGCAGCGCGCAGAAACACCGUUUACCUUCCCGCCAGAGCGGUACCUAUUUAUCUACUUGCACUUUGACAUGCUUUCGAACUGCUAGGUGGGCAGUAGCUCCCUCUUAAUCUCCCUUAUUCUUUUUCUAGGAGGCUGAUCGCUUGCGGAAAGAAUAUGAACAAUCACUGAGCAAUAAUACACAUGAAGAGAUACUUUCACUUCAGCAUGUGAUAAAAGAAAUAACUGAGGUAGACCUAACUGGAAUCUGUCUUCAUGGUUGCUUCUGUAGAAUUUCCCAUGUCUGUAUUUAAAAACAAAAUUAAUGAAAGCAGAUGUGGUAUAAACAUAUGAUCUAAACUUUAAACACAGGUUUUGCAUAUUUUGCACCUGCUCGGGGCACUUCCAUUUGUUCAUGUAUUUCAGUGUUUAAAAACUGAUUUCAAAACUUUUGUGAGGACUAAGCUUGACACAAAUUAAGCCCUGGUACUACUACUACUACUACUACUAUUAUUAUUAUUAGUUGAUUUCCCUUGGCUGAUUAUGUAAUCCUAGAUUUUGCUGCCGCCAUUUUGCUGGGUUGUAUUUUGCCCCAUCAUCAUAAUUUCCCAUCCUUGAAAAUGCAAUGGAUCACUAUUUUCCAGCAGAAGUGAAAGACAAAUAGGUAGCGAGGUGCAGUGUUUUGAUUGUACAGAACUGAGAAAGUAACGUUGGUCUUGGAUUUCAGGCAGUAAUCAAUGAGAGUGAUGCAACAAUUGGCACCCCACAGGAUGAGAACUAUGCUGAGCCUUGUAGCUUCUUGCAGUUGAACCCUGGUGACCCAGAGAGGGCUGUCCUGCUGGUGCGUGAGGUGCUGACUAGGAGAAGCAAUGAAGUGCAGGUGAGAGAAUUUCAGAGGUUCCCUUGCCAGUAAGACUAUCACAUCACCAGUAGUAAAACUCCACACCUCGUAUAGCACUUUUCUCUGCCUUUGAUGCUCUGCCUUAUAAAUUUCAACCUCUUCCUCUUCCUGCUAAUAAGUAUUCCUAGUUCCGUCAAGCUGGUUUUGACAGUCAUUUCUUUCCCAGACAGGUCUUGCAUUGGUGAUUUGUUCUUUCCACUUUUCUAAUCUAAUCCCUUUCCCCAUGAGCAUUCUGUUUAUGUCCAAUCUUACAACUUUCUCUUUUUAUUUUUUUAUUAUAAUUUUAAUUAAGUUUUCAGUUUUACAUUUCAAAAUAAGCAUUUUGCAAACUUUAAAAUACCCAAUGAUUUCCCUCCUUCUCCUUCCAUGGUUCAUUUUACAUGUCAUACAUUCCUGCAUAUUUUACCAUAACCAUUCAGAUCAGUUUUCUUCUUUUACAUCAAUCAAAUAUUAUUUACACUGUUGAAUUUAUCUUAAUGAUGCCAGGUUUUUCAGCUGUGUACAGUUAUUUUCCAUUUAUUCAAUAAAUGUUUUCUACUCUUAUUUAAAUAUAUGUUCUUCUUGCUCUCUUAUUCUAUAUGUUAAAUCUGCAAAUUCUGCAUAUUCAAUCAACUAAAGUUGCCAAUCCUCUUUUGUUGGGAUCUUGCUCAGUUACCAUUUUUGGGCUAACAGAACAUGGGCCACAGUUGUUGCAUACAUAAAUAACCUUUUAUGACACCUUGGAAUUUCUGUCUGGGUUAUUCCCAAUAAAAAGGACUCUCUUUUUUGGGGCGGAAAUAAUGUUAAACAUUUUUUUCAACUCAUUAUAAAUCAUUUCCCAAUAAACCUUUUACCUUUUUACAUGUCUACCACAUAUGAAAAAAGGUUCCCUCCACUUCUUUACUUUUCCAAUACGUAUCUGAUCUUGGCCAACCUAUCUGGAGUUAAACACUAUCUAUGGAUCAUUUAUAAAUACUUCUGUUUUAGUGAGUAACAUGCAAUAAAUUUCAGAUCAUUUUCCAAAUCUAUAUUGUGUCCUAUAUCUAUUGCCCAUUGUGUCAUUGAAAUUUUAAUAAGCUCGUCUUUUGUUUCCCAUUCUAAUAAAAAUUACACAUUUUAGACAGACGUUUACCCUUGUAAAAGUUCUUUUUCAGAUUGUGAGCUUUGGUCCAGAAAUCCAUUCUUUUAAUCUAAUUUAAACAUAUUGUGUGUCUGUUGAUAUUGUAGCCAAUCCGUAACCUGGCUCCUUAAGUUUUCCAUUGGUUUCAGUUUGGGUUCCCUCCCUGUAAAAUCCAGCAGUUCCCUGUAAGUCGCCCAUUGUCUAUCCAUAUUAACUCUCUUAAUUGUAAUUGCUUCGAUGGGAGUUAGCUAUAAAGGAUUUUUUAUUUCCAGCAGAUUUUUGUAUUUCUCCCAGACUCUAUACAGAUUCUUUCUAAGAAUGUGGUUCAUGAAACUCUUAUAAAUUUUAGCCUUCCCAUACCAGAUAUGCAUGUCAGCUAAAUUUUAAUCAUGGCCUACUAAAUCUAAAAUGUCUGCAUUGCCCAAUACAAUUCAUUCUUUUAACCAAUUCAAACAAGCUGCCUCAUAAUACAAUUGCAGGUCUGGCAGGGCAAAGCUUCCUCUUUCUUUUGCAUCUAUCAGAAUUUUUUGUUUAAUUCUUGGCUUUUCUCCCUGUCAUAUGAAUUUAGAAAUAUCUGUUUUUCCAUUCUUUGAAGAAGCCUGGAUUAUUUACAAUCAGAUUAGAUCAGAAUAAAAACAGGAUCCUAGGGAAUAUAUUCAUUUUAAUGGGUGAAAUUCUACCUAACAUGGGGGAGAAUGAAACUUUCCCUAUCUCCAACUCUUUCUUAACCUCUUUCCACAAUUUAAAUAUAAUUACUUUCAAAUAGGUUGAAUUUGGGAAUUUGUCAGCCAGAUUUCCAAACACUUAAUUUUUUUGCUUAUUUUUAAACCAGACAUCCUUUCUAAAAAAUUUAUCGACUGCUCAUCCAUGUUUUUGACCAACAUUUUGGUUUUAUAUGGGUUUAUCUUGAAACCCACCACUUCUCCAAACCUUUUAUUUUCUUCCAAUGUUUUGGGAACACUCUCCAAAGGUUGUUCUUGUGUCAACUGCACAUCGUCAGCAAAUGCCCUUAAUUUACAGUCUCUACAUCCCACCUCAAUACUUUUAAUUUCUCUAUUUCUCCUUACAUUCUGAAGCAAUAUUUCUAAUGUCAUAAUAAACAACAGUGGAAAUAGGGGACAGCCUUGUUUCGUUUCUUUUUCUAUUUGGCAUUUAUCUGAAAGAAUAUUGUUUACUAAUAUAUUUGCAGAUUGAUCAGUAUAGAUUGCUUUAAUUCCUGCUAGGAAAGAAUUACCUAUUUCUAUUUUCUCCAGAACCUUAAUCACAAAAGACCAUGAAAUAUUGUCAAAAGCUUUCUCCACAUCUAGAAAGAUUAGGGCAGCCUGUUUUUCAUUUCUUACUUCCAGGUAAAUUGAUUGCAUUUCUUAUAUUGUCUUUCAUUUGUCGGCCUGGUCUCUGUGAACUGACUCAGUGUCCUUUUCAAUCUACUAGCCAAGAUUGUAGCAAAUAGUUUAUAAUCACAGUUGAAGAAUGAAAUUGGUCUGUAAAUUUUAGUCUUUGUUAAGUCACUGUCUUGGUUUGGGAUCUGGGUAAUGAAUGUGUGUUUCCAUGAAGCUGGAACUACUGCUGUCACCAGAAUUCUGUUUAUGGUGACCUCAACCUUACAACUUUCUCUGCCUGUACAUAACAUUCCUUCAGUCUUCAGCUGCUGCUUCUCUGUGGACUAAUGCUUAACCACCUCUGUCUGUAUAUAAUACCCCUUCAGUCUCUCACUUUCCCCCUAAUCAUUAUAUUUUGCCGCCUUCUGCAGCACCUGAGACAGCAGCUCUUGUCUAGUCAAAAUUCUGUCAGCUCCCUGGAGAAGCAACAAGAGCAGCAGAAAGACCACUGUAAGUUCCUAAGCCAAAAACUUGAGCAGCUAGAAGGAGAGCAAGACACACUCAUUAGCCAACUUCAGCAUCUGCAGUCCAUGGUGGAGACUUACCGCAGGUCAGACAUGUAAUGCUUUCCCCAUCUUUAAAGACUUGUAUUGUAAAAUAGAUCCAUAUGCUUCUCUUGGCUUGCAGUGUUCUUUCCUCUUGUCAAGUCAGUAGGUUGUCUCCAGUGCUAGUCCUACUCAGAGUAGACCCAUUGUAAUUAAUGGGGGAAAGUGGCUUUUCCAGUGGGUCUACUCUGAGUAGCAGUUAGCUGGAUUCAGCCCAAUAUCUCUCUGGAUUUGAAGCACCUAUUUAAGUUGUGAAUAAACCUUCAUAUGUGGACUGUGCUCUUCAAAGUUUGCCUGGGGCAGUUUGCAUCCACAGGUUGGAGAGAGACAGUACUCAAGAAGUCACUCUGCCUUUCAGAUGUGAUGGUGUCCUCAUUUCCCUGUAUUCUCCAGUAGCCCAGAUAGGAAAAGGAGGAUGCUCAGUCAGUAGUAGCUAAACAAGUGCAAUGAAACUUUGCAGUGUAUCUCUGUUUUUUGUUUUUCUCUAACUGAAGACUUUUUCUUCUCAGUGACCAUGUCACCCUGGAUAAAUCCAAGAUAGAAUUACAGCAACAGCUGGAAGUCUUGGAACAGGAAGUCCAGCACUUGCGCCGAAGCAAUACUGAGCUGCAGCUGAAAGGAGACAUGGUGGAUGGCCAAAAAGAAGAACAGCAGCAUCAAUUGGAAAGGAUGCUGCGGGAGAGAGAAUAUAUGUGAGCCUUUUGUCUUUCCCCCCCAAAGGGCAGUAAGUUUGUUGCUAGGGAAAUACAGGAAAAAGAGAAGCUGGCAAGAGCAUUCACAAACCCAGUUCUUACAACAAUCCCUCUCCAUUUUAUGAAGGUUGUGGAAAUUUGGAAUCUUUGCACUUUCUUCACCCUCUUGUCAGGAUUGUGUAUGGGCUCUGCCAUUUCACUUUUAAAAAUGAGCCCCUCUGGAUAGCAUUUGUGAAAUUUGCAAAAAAAAUAAUAAUAUGGUGCUGUAUGAGGAUUUUUAUGUUAGAAAAUGAAAUUUGCAGCCCCGGUUAAGCUUUGGAGCUCUCAUGUACUUCACUACUUAAAAUAAACAAGUGUAUGUGUUCAUUCAGUCAGGAAGACCGAAAUGCUCUUGAAGAAAAGCAUUCAUUGUUGAAGAGUGAGUUGGUAGCCAUGAAAGAAGCACUGGAAAAAUCUCACCUUGAUGGAGAACUGGUGAAACAAGAAAAACAUGAACUUGCUACAGCGCUGGAGCAGGUACAGUUAUUUUCUUUGCCUAGUAAUAGCCAAACACACUCUUGAAUUUAAACAGGAAACUACAUAGACACUCACUGUAGACAGACACUGGCAUGUUCAUUAAACUGCUGUAAAGUGGUGGUCAGUGAGCAUAACAGUAGAGUUUACAAAAAAAAAUCAAAAUUCUGGUAUUGUCCUGUUCUGGGCAAGAGGCUGAGCUGCAAAUCCAGUUCCCACAGCAAGUUUCCAUGUUUCCUGGCCACCACAUGCUCCCAUCUCUUUCCCCAUGGUUUAGUAAAGCCUGUGAAGGACAGUUAUGGAGAAACAACAUUGUAGCAGCAUUUGACAUUAGUGCAUGUAUAUUGGCUAUAUGGCUUAAAUUUAUGCAUCUGGGGCAAUUCUUUAUAACUUACCUUUGAUUAAUUUUGGGAGGCUAAAAACAGGAACAGCUGCAACUUUCCUUCUUCUCUCCUGCCUGGCUCCAUUGCAGCCAUUCUUCCACUGAAAGUCAGAACUUCUUGGACUGCAUUUGAUUUUGAAAAGAAAAGAAAAAAGGAGGAAGUUCAACAAAUAAUGUGUAAUGUCUAGUUCCAGUCUAAGUAAAAUGGUGCUAAAGAUUUCUACUCAGAAGUGUUCUGGUUGUACUAAAAAAAGAAAAAUAUAUAUAUCUGGCAAUUGGAACGUGUUUCUGACACAAGCAUUUGAUCCUUGUGACUGGCUCAGAGAUUUUUUUAAAAAAACAUAAACAUACAUAUUUGGAUUGGUUUUUUCAUGAUCAAUCAGAAUAGUGGUUUUUUCAUGGCAUUUAAGCUACAUACUCAUACAUUAGUAAAGUCGUUGGGUUUCUAUUUAAGGAAGAAAAGGAGACAAACUGAUGGAAAACCAGUGACAUAAUUGAAGAUUAAGAGGGUAUAUUCUAAAUAAUCCAACAGAUAUUAAUCUAGUCUUUUCCCCAUUAGAACCCUCAGUGAAGGUUCCAUGCCACAGGGAGGCAUUGAGGAUAGAAGUUAUCUUAAAAAAUAUGUAUGUAUCUUAAGUUUUACUCGAGUGCUGCCAUUGAAAUUAAUUGUUCUAAGUUAGCUAUGUCCAUUAAUUUCAAAGGCUGUAUUCUAACUGUGACUAAUACAAGACACAACACAUUGCCUUGAAUGGCUUCAGAGAGUGAAUCAUUGAUCUUUGGUGAGUGGGAGGCAUUUGACUUUCCUCAAUGGGGAAUCUGAAAUAUCCAGCUGUAAGCCCUGCAUACUGUUCGGGGGGAGGUGUCUCCUCACCUUCAGGGACAACCUUUUAGGGAGUGCAAGAGGUUGCUGCAGGAAAGUCCAUUUGGACAGCAUGAUAAAAUAUGGUUUAUUGUAAGUUAACAAAGUUAGGGGCAAGUCUUAUUCUGCUUUUAUUGACUGGUACUUCUUUGUUUUGUGUUUUUGGGUCCACAAGGCUGAGCAGUCCUUUGCAAAGUUAACUGGUGCACACAAUAAGCUAAAAGCAGAAACUGCUCACCUUCAUGAUGCAGUUGCAAAGAUGAGUGCCCUUAAUGAAGCUCUAGCAUUGGACAAAGUGAGUUUGAAUCAACUUCUCUUGAAGGUAAGAAGACUGUUGCAGCUGAACUAUUCUUAUUCUGUGCAGCCUACAAAAUAUAUGUAAGUAAUUUGCUAAUAUGUAGGUUGCAUUUUUAGCAGUUCGAAAGCACAUCAAAGUGCAAGUAGAUAAAUAGGUACCGCUCCAGUGGGAAGGUAAACGGCGUUUCUGUGCGCUGUUCUGGUUCGCCAGAAGCGGCUUAGUCAUGCUGGCCACAUGACCCGGAAGCUGUCUGUGGACAAACGCCAGCUCCCUCGGCCAAUAAAGCGAGAUGACUGGACUUACGACUGGACUUAAUGGUCAGGGGUCCCUUUACCUUUACCUAGGUUGCAUUUUAUUCAGAACGGGGGAAAGGAAGGCUGCUGUUUAAAAAAAAAAAUUAAUAAAUUUUGAAUAUAGAAACAAUCAUACAAUCAAUUACAGUUCCCCCCAUAACAACCCCAACUAUGUCCAGCUUUAUUAGUAGUAAUAAACUGAAACAUAAAUUCAAUAGCUGUCAAUUUAAAAAAUGUUGUUCCACAAGUUCCCAUGGCCUAUACACAUGUUUUUUCUUCAUUGCAAAUGAAGUAAAAGUGGACCACAUUUUGUAAAACUUUUGUAGAUUCUUGUGUUGUCUUCUUUCUUGUACUUUAUCUCUCAACCUUCCCAUCAAGAUAAAGGCCCAAACAAUAAGCAUACCAAAUUUCAUAUGUUUGCAUUCCAUAUCCUCCAGUGCCUUGCAAGAGCAAGAAGUGCUGCAGUUAUAAUAUGCAUAAUUAAGUCUCUGUAUCAAAUAUAAUUUGCUUCAGCUGCAGAUAUUGAAAUAGUGCCAUUUUCACAUCUAAUCAAUUUAAAAGUAAUUUGUUCCAUUUCCUAAAAUACCCUUAACUAGAAGUUUUUAAUCUGUGGCAUUUUCACCACAUGUGUAUAAAUGUUCCUUUAUCCCCACAGUUUCUCCAACAUUGUAGAAAGGUAUUUUUGCAUAUUUUACUUAGUAACGUGGAGUGCUGGUACCAUCUGUGGGUUAGCUUUAAGAUGUUUUCUCGUACACGAGCAGAAUUAGCUCAAAAAGGAAAUAUUUUCUCACAUUCUUUCCCAUAAAACAUAAUAAAUUUCUUUUAAGUCUUUCCUAUCUAGUCUUCAAAUUGGAAGAUUUUGAUGUUUAAAAAUUAACGAUAGAUUUAUAAGCUAUAAAACAUUUUAAAACAAGGUUAAUGAAUUUGUCCCUUGUUUGCAAAUUUCUGUGAUACUGAUGAAGUGAAUGACUUGAGCGUUUACCAUCCAAUUGUGGGAGAAGUUUGUUGUAUAGCUUUUCCAGAUAAAGGGGUACCUCUGGUCUUUAAGCCAGAAUAUGCCCAUUGAAGGCUGCUCUUUUAUCAGUUGCUUCCAUUUCCUUAAAUGUAGAUGGAGCAGGAAAAACAGGCACUUUUGGACAAAGUUGAUCACCUGGAAAGACUAAGGACCUCUUCACAGAAACAGCUCAACCAGAUGGCAAGAACAAAUGAGGAACUAAGUGCAGACAAGACUCGGUUACAGCAGUUGCUACACAAGGCUGAGGGAAUGCAGGAAAGUUUACAGGAAGAGUUAAAAGUACUGAGAGAUGAACAGAAAGAGACUUGUGAGAAGCUGAGCCAGGUGAGUGUUAGCAGCAGACUUGAGUUAUCCUGCAUGGACAUUGGGCAGCAGCAGUGUUGUGCUUCUGAAGUUGGGUUCAGUUAGAUUAUGGAAUUCUGCUUGAACAGUGAAUAGCUCAGUUUGUUUGAAGGUGGUGCUGAUAACACCAAGGUUGCAGGUUUAAUCUCCAUAUGUGACAGCUGCAUAUUCCUGCAUUGCAGGGGGUUGGACUAGAUGAUUCCAACUCUACAAUUCUAUGAUUCUAGGAAUCUUUUCAGUAGCUAGUGCUGCUCAUCACAAAGUUCAUUUUACUGUUCUUGCAUAAGACAAUCUUUUCAAUCUUAUUUGUACUCCAUAAGUGUUUCUGGGUAAAGUAUGUUUUGCAGCCAUUGUAACACUCAUCUAGAUUUUCUUCUUUUCCAAUACACAUUCUUUCUAAAAUCUGGCCACCGGUGAAGUGUCACAGUAAAACAUUAAGUGCGGUGGCCUUCAGGCAAUUAUAUAUUUUGUACUUUGGUUCUCUCCUGUGUAUAGAUAAUCAAACUUCUCCAUAGCAGUCCAUCUGUAACAGAUCCAUUUUUCUUUGUAAUGUGCAGUUAGGCAGGUCCAUCUCUUCUGUGAGAACAAUUUUCUAUCCUUCAAAAGAAGCUAUAGAUCUAUUUCUUUUUACAGUGCAUUAUUGCUUAAAGUGACAGAGCUUUGCCUUUUGCUAUAAAUUGAUUUUCUUUCUCCUUCAUAGGCUCACCACCAGCAUGAGACAUCUAGUACUGAUUUGGAGCAUGCACAUCAGGAGUCAAGUCGUCUUGGAGAGGUGCUGGCCAAGACGUCCAAAGAAAAGGAAUCAUUAAUGCGUGAGAAAGCCGCAUUGGAAGUACGACUAGGGGCUGUUGAACGAGAGAGGUGGAGUUUUUCAGAGCAAGUGGCAGAGUACAGGUAAGAGGCUGACGAAUGGAAGAACCUUGCCUAUUUGAAUAAUUAUUUAAUGCAAUCAUUGUAGCUCUGGAUUCUGAGAGAUGACUUUCCAUCAGAGGACUAUGCAGCUUUUUGUGUCUUGGCUGUUCAACCAUGUGGCAGAAGUAGUUCCACAUCUGCAGAAAGAAAUUCAACAAAUGCACAACAGGAAAAAUGUUUAAGUCAAGCCCAAGUUUGAAAUCCCGUACACAGUUUGACAGGUCUGUUUUCCAUAAAGCUGCAAAACUUACACUUAAUAGUAUUUCUGUUCUUCCAGACAUUGUUUCUUGUAUCAGCAUGACAAAUGGCCUGUGAUUGUUGUCCUUAUUGUCUGUAUAUUUAGAGGCCGACUGGUGCACUGCUACAAAUGAAUGACCUCCUUUUGUUCAUAGUGUUUCCAGGGUACUCAAACUGGCUUUGCUGGGAUUACAUUUAUCAUGUCAUGAGCAAGAGAUUAAAGUCCCACAAAUUCUGUAUAUGUAAUUUGUAGAUCAACAAAGGAUCUUCUGGAAUCAAGCCUCCUUCAAGCUCAGCUGCAGGUGUCUGACCUGGAAGUUACCAAGGGUCAACUGGAAAUGAAAAUCCAGGCAAUCAACCAGGCCAAAGAAGUGAUACAGGGUAAGAUGUUUUCAAAGGCUUCCAGCAAAAGGUAGUAUCAACAGAGCACCCUCCCUUCAUGUGAUAAAAGGCCAGUGGUCAAACAAGCUGUUAUGCCUCAUACAUUCUGACUCCUGCUCUUUGUUUAUUCUUACAGGAGAGGUGAGAUGCCUUUGCACUGAACUGGAAGCUGAAAAGUCAAAAUUUAAGCAAGAAAAGGAAGAAAAAGCACAACAGCUCUUGCAGGCCGAGCAGAAGUACCAAGAAAUGCUUGACCACUGUCAAAUUGUACAUAAGGAGGAAGUUAAUACACUACGUCAAGAGUUGGUAAGCAACCAUAUGGUCACCUCUUUAAUUCAUGAUAUAUAUAUUUUUUGGGGGGUGGGAAAUUGAUCAGAAGAUAGAAUUAAUAAAGUGGCUCAAAAUGCCAGAUGAUUACCAAGACUUACUUUUCCAUUCAACUGUUAUGCCUUGUACUAAUUAAACUAUUAGUCUUUUAAACUACCUUGCUUCGGAUGGGUUGUUUUCAGCAUAAUGCUAAGGUGAAUUGUUUGUCAGCUCAAGGAUUUCUCUGUGCACAAUCAAGUGCUCCCCCCUCUCCUCCCCCUGUGCACUCUCUAAAUCUGUUCUGCGAACCCCCAACACUCUGGAGUAGAAUUGGUGUGGGACAGAUGCAGGGGGAGGAAAGGUGGGGAAGCCAGGUUUUGAUGGACACAGAAAUAAGAAUCUUACCUUAGAUUGCCAGGAAUUUCCCGUUGCAGCAAACCUUAGCAGAGGGUGCAGAGAGGUGUUUUGUACACAUAAUGGUCCAGUGUCUUGAUCUCUAAACUCUGGUUCUCUUAUACAUCUGCAUCAGGAUGCUCUCUCUGCCUUAGCUGAUAAAAUAUUAGUGAUAUAAUGCUAUUAAAGUGUGUGAAGAGCUCUGAAUACCUGACAUGCACAUAGGCCAUGUUGUAGUGAAUGGAGGGGUGGGGUGGAUAGCUUCCUUAUACUAUCCACUACAUCGUAGUUAGUGUUAUGGCUAUAAUAGUAUGCUGCCUUGUUAAAUGGAUCUGGAGUAGUUGUGAGUGUGCAUUUGUGCCUCCAGUUGCAUGAUAUAUCUCGUCUAAACCGUUGCCCAAAAUUUUUACUCUUUGUUGUUGUUGUUGUUGUUUUUUACUUCUAGUGCGUUUUUCAAUAUAAAACAAAUUCAUGAGGUGCUUGUAUUAUUGUUGCAUAUAAUUUUUACUUUAGUCUCUUCUGGCAUUGAUCAGUUUAGGAAAAAUCUGUGCCUGGCAACCUUGUGGUACAACUAAUUUGGCUUCCGCUACAUCCAACCUUACACAGGCGCCUAGCUAUUUUGUAUUCUAGCUUUCCUCAACACCAAACAUAUAAUAGCAGCAGAAAAUGGAGAAAAUAUUCUGUUGCAACAAAGUCCCUAACAUAUCUCCACACCCAUCUAUUGCAAUGUUACUCAUGACUCUUUCAUAUUAGCUAGGCUUGGAAAGCACCAAGUAACAUUUGGAAACUGGAAAAAGCAUGAUAUUACUUAAUCCAUUCCAUGUUCCCCACCUCAUACACACACAUAAAAGGCACAAAAUGCUGCCAAGAAGAGCUCACAGUGCCUCUGGCAUAGCUUAUGCCACAUCCAGUGGUUAGGAGAACAGCAGCUGAUGUCUGCAGCCACAAGCACCCAAUUUCCCAGUCUUUGAAACCCCUAGGAGCUCAAGCAGAUCCUGUUUGUAAACAGUCACCCUUUUGGCAUGGCCGCACAGAGAAAGGAGGACUGGCAUUCCAGUUGAACAGUCUGCCAGUUCCAUAGGCCAGUGACUAAUAGGAAACCUUCAUUUAGUACCCAUAGGUGAUAAUUAUUACUCUCAGAGCAAAGUGUGAUAAAUAUCCUUCCCAGAAGCAAAACUCAUAACACUAUACACAGCAUCUGCUAAGGUAAGUAGUAAACGUUACAUCAGUGGCUAGAAGCGAGACUGUUUUUUCCUUUCUUUUUGUUCAUUUAUUGGAAUUGGUUGAAAUGCUUCCAGGAAGGUGAACGAGAACGCCACCGUUUAGAACUGGAGCAGGUGUUGGAGCGCAUAGUCAAGGAAAAGGAAGAGAGUGAAAGUGUCUAUGAGAGGAAGCUGCUGGAACUACAACAGGAGGUCGUUGCUGUAAAAACACAUAUGGAAGACGAGCUCAUUAAGGCUGAAAAUGCCAAGCAAGAGGUAAAGUUUGAUAGGUGCUUUUGACCUAGAGACAUCCCCCCACUCCUGCCUUUCUCUUUUGGAACCUUGUGAUGGAAUGGUAUCUGCAGGAAGCUGUCUCCCGCAGAGCAUAGUGAUUGGAUUUUGUAUAUAAGGGAUGAGACGAUCUUUUAGGUAUCCUAAAAGCAUGGGUGUCGUCAGGUUUUAUGUUGGGGAGGCAGGCUUUAUGUUGGGGGAUAACCUCAGAUAGUUAAGUAUUUUUUAUUGAUUUACUUGUUAGAGGGAGGCAACUGCUCCCCUUAGCUGUGUCCAUGCCUAAAUGUAUUAUAUGAGGAUUGCUUAGGUGUUGUAUGAGAAAUGAUGUAUUUUAGGUAUUAUGUGAGAAGGAAAAAAGCUUUUCUCUAUCCACUUAUACUGCACCAUGCAUAAAUUUAUGCAUCUAUAGCAUGUCAUCAUUAUUCACCUUUUCUCUAACUAAAAAGCCCCCAUUUUCUGUAAUCUUUCCUCCCAGGGGACCUGCUCCAAUCUUUUGAUCAGUUAGGAGUUCAGCUGGAAUGUUUUAAAUUCUCUGCUUGCUAAUAUCUAGGUGCUGCUAGAAAAAGAGAAUGAGAAGAAAUCAUUACAAGAGCUUCACCUCCAAACAAAACAGGAACUCACUAGUACUUGCCAGCAGCUAGAUUAUCUCCGUCAGGAAAUAAAGAAGAACCAAGAGAGGGAGCAGGUAGGAGUAGACCAGAGCAGAAAAGCUUAUGACAUCUACCAAGAAUCCAGCAGAAAGCUAUGACGCAAAUAUGAAAUAAAGCAUAUUAACAUGAUAGAAAGUUGGCUCAAUGAAUGGAUAGUUUAGACCAAUUACAUGGUGUGUGAAAGGUUUUCCUAGGACUAUGUGCAUAGAAUUGAUUUCAGAACUCUUGCCCAACCCAACCACAUUUGAUAAUGCUUCAUUUUUGAAGAACUGCUUGUUGAAUGCCUGUUAAUUAAGGUUCAGACUGUUCCUGCAUUUUUCCAAAGUUGUGACAUGUGAUAGAACCAAAAGCAAGGAGAUGGGUUCUAAUUCUAAUGCAAAAUUGCAUCUUAUUAGCACCUAUCAAAUUUUGGCUUACGUUUGGUAACUAAGGCAUUUAUGAAAUCCUUACACAAAAGUUUAUCCAAAUGGUUUUAGACAAAACCAUAAAUGAAGCUACUUGCAGCUUUUUCUUGUUCUGCCCUCCAUUUUUCCAGUAUAAUUUGAAUAAGAUAUAUCCAAAAUCCGCCACCUUGUUCUUUUUUUAGAGUUCAUUUUGAUGUCAGUGCAAAGAUUUUAUCUUUCAUUGCAUGCUCCUCAUGAACCCCAUUUCUCUUUGUAGAGUAUAAUCCUUAAUUAUGCCCUACAUUUCCCCUAGAUACUUGGUAUGAUUGUUAAUAUGCUAUAUUGAAAUUUGCAUUUUAUGUCUGCUUCAUAAUUGUUCAUCUUCUUACUGUCAUUUAUUGAUUUUUGACUGAAGUAUUAAGUCUUCAUCCCACAAGAUUUGUGGCCUGACUGUUGUGAGAUGUAGAUCAUUUUAUCUUGUGCAGCAGUUGCUGUACAUGUAUUAUAAUUGCACAUUAUAAAAUAGUUCUCAAACCUGAACCUUGGAAAAUAACUCAACUUUUUUGGCCGGGUGGGGAGUGCAGGAUACUUUGCAAGGUUUGGAAGCUAAGCUGAAGGAGGCCCAAAGUACUAUAGAAGCACUAGAAAAGAAGUACAAGGAGGAGCUCAAGUCUCUCAAAGAAGAAAUCAACUUUCUCCAUAAACAACGAGACUCUUUGCAAAGUCAGGUGAUUUUACUUAAAACUAUGUUCUAAGCAUUUCGUUCAGUGCCAAAUAUGUGGUUUUUCACAAGCUGCUUCAACAAGUAGAAAUGGAAAUCUCUUUGUGGGGUAAAACUAAGUUAUGGGAACCUUUCCCAAACCAUCGUGGAAAAUUACUUGAAGUACUAGGGAAACCAAAAAGCCAUUAUUUGAAACAGUUUUGGAAAAAUUUUGAUGCAAUACUCCAAGAAAAGCUAUGUGUUUGGUUCUGUAUAAGAAUUCAUAGGCAUGCUAAAAAUGUAUUCUGUUUCUUUCAUGUUACUCAAAUGGGGCAAUGUCUCUAUCAUGCUUGUAAAAAAGUCUGGCUUGGUUUAUGAAGCAAAUAAAAAACUGCAUUCUGUUAAAGUGGAUGUUUGAAUUGACAUGAAACUCUGUUUCUUGAAAUAAGAUGCUUGUAUCUAUAUUAUCUCCUCAUGUAUACUAAAAUAAGUGGAUACUGUAACUGCUGCAUCUUUGCUGUUCUCCUGUCUAUUUCUAGGUACAAGAGUUGCAGUCACAACUACUGACAGAAAAAGAUUCUUGCCAUUUGAUUAGCCAGGAGGCUCAGCAGCAUUUAAGUGACAUACAAGAGUUGUCCAGACAGAAAGCAUUGGAAGUUGCACACCUCCAGAAGAUGAUGGAAGCAGAAAGAAAACUUCGAGAAGAGAGAGAACAUCAAAACAUGGAGUUGCAGAAUCAGAAAGAAGAGAUGGAGCACAGAAACACAGAACUGCAUAAUAUGCUGCAAAGUCAAUGGGAGGAAGAACAGCAUCUGAACAGAGAGCUGCAAAGCAAGCAGGAAGAAAUUGAGCACCAACGUGCCACAGUUCAGGCCCUGGAAAGGGAGCAGAGCCAGUGGGAGAAGGCAAAGCGCCAGAGUUCAGAGCAGCAUUCUGCACUCCAGAGGCAGUGGGAGGAGGCAAAAUGUCAAAAUAAGCAACUGCAAAAUCAGAACAUAGAGCUGCGGCACCAAAAAGAGGAGGUAGAACGUCAGAAUGCACAGCUGAAGGCUGUGAUCCAGAGACAGCAGGAGGAAGCGGAACAUGAGAGUGUGGUGCGUCAAAACCGUUGGGAGGAGGCAGAACAACGUUAUUUAGAGUUGCAGAGUUGGAAAGAGAAAGUUGAACAUCAGAAUUCAGAUUUGCAGGCCCUUCUCCAUACCCAGCAAGAGGAGUUGCAAUGUCGGACCAUGGAGCUGCAGGCAAAGCAGGAGGAGAUGGAACAGCAGAGCACUGCUCUACAGAAGAUGAAGAAGGAACGGACUCAGUGGGAGGAAAUUGAACGUCAGAAUUCAGAUCUUAAAGUAGCAUUGCAUGCUUUGGAGCAGAAACACACCAGGUGAGCCCAACUUUCAUAAUUUAUGGGUGGACUAAUUGUCUCAAAUAGCUAUCUCACCUCCACACACCCGGUGUCUAAACAGUUAGGUAUGUAUACAUAAAUUUUCAGAAACUGCACUUUUCAAAGCUUCUCUUGGAGAAAUACUGGGCAUUAAUUGUCUACUCACUUCAGAUUGCCUGAUCUGGAACUUUUGGCAAAAAGGGGUCCUCCUAAAAUCCCAGCCUUGGCUGGGAUCAAAUAGUGCACGGCGGUUGUGUCUUUCUCACACCGCCCUGCCAGCUCUGAGCUGCAUUGCGAUGCAGGGAUCUGAUCUGAAUGGUUUGCCUGGUGAAUCAUAUCCUAGCCUCACAAAGGAGUGCAGGGCUGACAGGGCGGUGUGAGCAGCACCCCCCAGAAAAAUGCACCCAGGGCCAUUGUCCCCAGCCCCCCCAACACUGUGCCCCAGCUCUCCACCCCAUUUAUGAAGAUUGUAACUGGAAUGCCUCCUUUUCACUUAAAUCCCUCUUUUUGUCCCAUUACAUAGAAAUUAUACAUACAAGAUAUAUAGUUUGCACUUGAGAUUAUCAUUUAUUUAUUUUUUAAUAAUUGCAGUGUCUUGUGCACAUAUGUUGGCACACUGUUUGUUUGCCAUAGCCAAGUCUUUCAUAAGUGUGUCGUGUAAGAGAACCAAGGUGAAAAGCCAAGUCUUGUAGUUGCUUGCAUCGGGUUGUUGUUUUUUCCCAUUCUGUAAUAGAAGUCCUGCUUUUUUCCGGUUUCAGUUUGGCUGCAUCCUUGGAGGAGAAGGAACUCAGACUCAAGAGACUGCAAGACAGUGAUAGUGCUCACCAGGGUGAAGUCACCAAAUUAAAUACUGCACUACAGCAAGCAGAGCAGCUGCUUGCUGAGCAUAGCCGAGAAGAGCAGGAGCUCACUAGACAGGUAUUACCUGGAAAAAACUCAAUACAGGGUGCAAUGCUGCUUUUUAUUUUUCUGCCCUACUGCCAGCCCCCAUCUGCUUCACAUGGUGUUUCUGUUAUAUAGCCCCCCUCCCAAACAUGGCUUCUUUUCCAUAACACACUGGCUUCCAAAUAUACGUGUGUGUGUGUGUGUGUGUGUGUGUAUAGAACUCAUAUUAAUACCUGAUGCCUGGUCCUUUUCACAAGCAAAUUAUAUCCUUAUCUCCUUUCUAUGCAAAUUAUAUCCAGCUUCUCUUCUUUGUUUGGUUGAUUAUUCACCCGGUGCUAACUUCUUUGCAUUCUAGUCCACCAUUCCAAAAUCAUUGCAAGCUGUGUUGCUUUCCCCCAGAUACAAUCCUUCAGGGAAAUUGUGCUAGAGAAGGAGGCUGCCUUGGUAGCUCAUAAGGAGCAGCUUGCCCGGAACCUGGAAGAGUCCCGUGCUAGUGAGCAGUCUUUGAAGGACUCCAUGAAAAUGCUGGAAGGUGAAGUAUCUCAGCUCCGCCUGAGCCUGAGCAGCACAGAGAGUCGGGCAGUGGCAUUGGCAUCGGAAUGUCAGCGUGCUUGUUCUGCCCGUUGGGAGGCACAGUCUCACUUGACUAAGCUACACUCGGUUCUGCAGUACAUGCUGUGCAAAAGUCCCGAGGCAAAGCUGGAGCAUGGAGGGAGAGGAGACAAAGCUAUUCAAAGCUCAUUGUUCAGUGCAAGAGGUGAGUCUAAUAAGUCGACUAGUAUUAUGUCCUUUGCAAGUAAAUUGUUGAACAUGUGACAGAGCCAGAACUCUGCAAUAGGGGAAGGUACCUUUUUGUGUGUGCUUUGGUGCUUAUUACUUAUUUUCUAAUAUGAUGUCUUGAAAUGGCACACCUUUUCACGUUGAUUCAACUUCAAAUGGAGUGGCAAAGUGCCCUAAUGUUGCCAUCUUUGCCUAAAGCUAAGAUAGUGAGUGACACCUUGCUCCUUUCAAUAGCAGUGGUAUAAAUUGCUUAUUUAAGCAGCCCCUGCCAGCAUGUGGCACAUGUCAAGCCAUUGGCUGUCUCAGGUAUACAGGAUGGAAUUGAUCUUUCCUGAGAUUAGUUGGGAUAGCCCAGAGGAAAGAACAGGCUGCUGUUGGAGGCAGAGGUGACUGAUAGCACCAAAAGUCUUGAGGCCACUUCCUUGUAGGGAUGGUACAAGGUUUUGUGUAGAAGGAAAACUCAACUGUGCCAAACAGUUAAGAACCAUCAAAUGACAGAGCAGUGUCAACUGUGUCCUGAGAGUUGAAUCAGACGCAGAAGAUUGGGGUGGUGAGACUGGCCAAGGUGUGUAGAUUAGAUGGAAUGGGAACACUAUCAUUUUUCUGUGGAAUAUUGCUGAAAAUAAGUCAUAGUGACAAGUCUUGGGCCUAGCUACAAAUUACACUGAUACCUUGGAUUCUUGUUUGUGUGACAGCCCUGACAUCUUGUGGAUUGUGUAGAUAAUGCACUGGGUAUGAUAGUUACCCUGUGAGGUCAAACUUUUCAAGAGCUGUGAAGCUGUUGCUUUGUGGGUACUUCCACAUGGAACCCCUCUGCUGAUUUCUUUCCCUUCUCAUUCCACUUUUGUCAGAAUACAGGGUAGCGUGGCACCAUCCCCACCUUUCCAAAGUUUUUGUUUUUACACCUAUGGUAUUCCAUCCGCAUCAGUAGGUGGUGCAUAUCUGAAAGUGCCUAUCUUGUUCUUGGUGAUCCUUGCCCACUAUUGCACAUCACUGAGCAUGCACAGAAAGUAUGAAGCAGGGUCUGAUUUUUGUAAUUGUCCAGCCGCAGGAAAUGUUUGACAUACAGUUGUACAAUUGCCCGUACAUUUCGUAGUACAUCUCUCUUGCUGCACCUGCAGAGUUGGGUUGUUUUUUUAUAAUAAUAACUGGAUGGGACUUGCACCUUGUCAACAAGCCCAGCUUAUGCACAGCAGAAUUGCCAUCUCUUUCUCCUUCCUUUCAAAGUAAAAGCAACAGAUGUGGCUAUUCUGGAAAUAAAAUGGUUCAGAUGAGCCAAACUGGAACCAGGCAGAAGUGGCUAUAGAGCUCACCUCAAUAAAUGCCAUAUGAUGUGUCAGAAACUACAUUCAAAAAUGGAAUAGCUUUGCUCUGAAACAGCCGCAUCUUCAGAGUUUUCGCAUUUAUACUGGACUUAACAGUAAUACUUAGAUUCUUCCAGGGAGAAACUGCUUUAACAAGGGUGGCAGGGUAGGGGGCAGAUGUACUGGAAUGCAUACAAUUCAAGCACACGGUCGUAGAUCUCCCCACCCCAGAAGUGUGCUCGGGGACACUACAAAUAUGCAGUAAAUAGUAAUCCUCUGUGUCUUUUUGCUAUAUUUUUCUUGGAAUAAGCAGUGUCAUGCAUUAUUGGUACUAUGUCAUGCAUCUCUUCCAUCUCCCCACCCUUAUCUUGCACUGAAGAGUUCUUGCAUUACAAGAAAAAGUGGACAGUAGCAGCAGCUCCAUAUCUCUUGCAGCAUCUAGUUCUGCCUUCAAUGAAAAAUAAUCCUAGAAUUUUCUAUAUCUUGUCUAACAACCCUUCAGCUAGACGCUGUUACAGAGGAGGUUUAUUUCUUCAGAACAGGAUAAUGGGACGGGACUGUCUUUAUCUCAGCUGAAGGACCUUUCUGCUGAGCUUACAGUGGAGAGAGUGGCAGAAGCUAUUCAGGACCUGCGGCAAGAACUCUGGCAGACUCGCCUAGAGCGGGUAAUUGUUUCACUUUCUUGAAAAAUAAUAAUCAUAUCACUGUCCUUGAUUGGCAUCCAAGCUUAAAUGAUAUAGUAAACUUUUGAAGCAUAAAUACAUUUCCCAUGGAUUAAAAUAAAAAUAAAAAGCAUGUUGUUUCAGCCUUAUUAUUAAUCCUCCAUGUGGUGCCUAGUAUACAUUAAGUCAGCCUUGGUCAAUCUGGUGCUCUCCAGAUGUUUUGGUUACAACUCCCAUCAGUCUCAACCAGCUGAUGGUUGUCAUCCAAAACAUAUGGAGAACACUAGGUUACCCAAGGCUGCAUUAAGCACUAUAGUAAUACAGUGGUGCCUCGCAAGGCGAAAUUAAUCCGUUCCGCGAGUAUCUUCGUCUAGCGGUUUUUUCGUCUUGCGAAGCAACCCUAUUAGCAGAUUAGCGCUAUUAGCGGUUUAGCGGCUAUUAAAGGCUUAGCGGCUUAGCUGCUAAAAGGCUAUUAAAGGCUUAGCGGCUUAGAAAAAGGGGGGGGGAGCGAAAAAAAAUCUCAAGACUCGCAAGACAUUUUCGUCUUGCGAAGCAAGCCCAUAGGGAAAUUCAUCCUGCGAAGCGCAUUGAAAAACGGAAAACCCUUUCGUCUAGCGGGUUUUCCGUCUUGCGAGGCAUUCGUCUUGUGGGGCACCACUGUAAUUAUCAGGAUGUACCAUUGUAUUGAAUUUAUUUUUUCGCUUGUUGUGUUUACAAAUGAAUCUCCAGCUUGCUUAAUAUAAUAAUAUAUGCCAUAUCUGUUCUCUGUCAUACUAAUGGUUCUAUGUGGCUCACUAGGAAUGGAGAUAAAUAUUUGCCUUAAAAAUAUUAUAGUUGGUUCUGUCCAUCUGAAUUUUCCGCUGCUGCUUCUACUAAAAAAUUCUGAGCUUAGCAAAACUUGUUGCUCCGUGAUUCAGCUAACAUCUGUCCUUUCGAUAAACUUUGCUUUUUUUAGUACAACUAGUUAACGGCUGGAUAUGCAGGAACUCACAAUGCAUUUUCCUAUCAAAUUGGCAAAACUGUGUCCAACAAAAACUGAUGACUCUGUCUUCUAAAGCAACUAAGGCAACUGCCUAGGCCUCAGUGUGUUGGGAUUUGCCAUAGUGUCAUUUGCUGUGGAGAGAAGAUAAUUUUAGGAACAGAGGAAGCUGUCAUAUGUGGAGUCAGACCAUAGGUCUAUCCAUUUCAGUAUUGUCUACAUUGACUAUCAUGAGCUCUCCAGGGUUUCAGAUGGAAAAAAAUCCAAGUUCUAUACAACUUUUUACUGUUGACUUGGCCCUAAGAUGCUACUGGAGACCAAACUAUAUGAUACACAGUUUUAUGUAACUCUCCCCUGAUGCUUUUUAUGUUUAAUUUUUUAAGAAAAGUAGUUGGUGGACCCCGUAUCUAGAGUAGAAAUUUGGUGGGUAGGGAGGUAGAAUAGUGUUUUUCUUAGUAGGCAGUUUUCAUCUCAAAAUUUCUUCCUACAGGAGAAAAAGAUUUUGGAACCUCUACCUUUUCCUGCAAAAGAAAAAGUGGUUCAAAUGGGGCAAUUUUUGAGAUAAAAACUAGUUGGCGAAGAAAAGGUUUACAGUAUACUUUAUACAGAACUCUGUGUGACAUAUAGUUUGGCCCUGAAAAGGGGAUUUUGUUCAUUGUCUUUGGGGGUUCCUGGUCUUUCUCCUUAUUUUACUGUUCUCUUCAUUGGACAUGCAUAGCAUACAUUGUACCCCUUUCUUUUCUUGCAGGAUGAGAUGAGAAAGAAUUCAGAAAAGCUGAAGCAAGACCUCAGUGAAAAGGAAGCAGAAAGAGACCGCGUCAGUGCCAAAGCUGAAGAGCUUCAAAAGUGGCUAGAUCAAAGCCAAGAAGGUAUAGACUCCUCAUUUUCACUAUGGUGCCUCAGAAGUGUCAUAAAUCUCCCAGAAGUAGAGAUGUCUGCUCAAAAAGUGGAAGCUGGGGGAAAUCCACAAUAUGAAAAACAUUAGAUGUCAAUAAAACGUGCUGCGUCAUGCAUAGCAGGGGUUGGAGACAAAAAGAUGCCCUUUUUAUGCAGAAAGUUUUGGGUGAAAUAUAAGAAGGAAUAAAGGAAGGUAUCUAGCAGCUGUGGGACAUUAAGUUUUCCAGAUCAGACAUCUACAGUGGUUUUUUUUAGAGAAACGGUUCCAAAAUAGUUUCCCUUGCAGGGGGCGGGGUCACUGUUCAAAAUAGCUGCAGCUUGUUAUGUUUUUUUGUCUAGUUAUGCCAUUUCUAUCCCACACUUCAUUGCCAGGUGCUUUCAGGGUGCAUUACAUAGUAAAAUGCAGAUGUACACAAUAAAAUUGAACCAAUAAAACAUUAAGCAGCAUUAAAAGUAUUCAAGUAUGCUCACUUUAAUCUAUUCAUUGUCAUACAAGAACAUGUAAGUCUCAAAAUACUGACCUCAAUCUUCACCAAAAGUCUGGAGGAAGAGGUAGAUCUUUCACUGGUGCCAAAAACAAAAAAAUUGCUCUUCUUCUUACAUUCUCCAUUUCAGAAAAAAAUGUGAAAGAAGGCAGACGAGGCUCCCUAGAGUCUGCCUUGAAGGCAGAGGUCAUUGCUUUCAAAGAAGAGAAUGUGACUUUGCAUGGGAAGGUGACUGCUUUGGAGAAGACUCUUGAGAGUACAGAGAAGCAAAGAAAGGAUGUAAUGGUAAGGCUAGCAGGUGGUCUGCAGAGGUCCAGUUAUGAAAUUGGACAGGCUCAUGAAUAUCUGAUGGGGAGUGUUACUAUUCUUGAUGUGAGACAGCAUCUAUUAGGGAUUUACUUUCCUUCUCUUACAGCUUUUGCAGAACCAUGCCCACUGAACCUACAGCAUCCUCUACUUUUUGAUAAUGCUAUACUUAUCUCCCACAGCCUGUUUAAUGCUUCCAACUAAUUCUUUUGCAUUUAACUGCAGGGACUGAACAGUUUUUGAUAAGCAACUAUCACUAACACAAAUGAAGAAAACCCAGAAGAAAUAAUAAUAAAAAUAAUGAAAUUCAGUGAAGUGUCAUAGUGCUGUAGUCUUCUAUUAUUCAGAGCCUGAUUUUUAAUUAGUUGUUUGCUCCUUGUGUUAUUCUGUUAUGGCUUAAAGAUUCUCUCCAUCUGGAAGAAAUAUUGCAUGCCCUCUUGUGAACAUUUCAGAAAGUUAUUCUGAACUUGUCUAUUAUGUGAAGUGAUGCCACUUCAGCAGACAUUUGGUUAAAAAGAGAGGUAAUCAGUUCAGUUUUUAUGUAAAGCUUAUGUUGAAAACCAUCCUAUUUCCUGUUAAUAUAUAGUUAACAAUAAAAGUAGGGUGGUUCAGCUAACAUCAUAGCCAGCUUAGCACUCUGCAUAAAGAGAGCAAAGAGUUGCAGUUUGCUUCUGCAUUUUGAGUAAUUAUAUUUCUGUUUCAGAAUGAACGAGACUUGUUACAAAUGGCCAAGGAAAAGCUGACAUGGGAACUGGAUCUUCUUCGGGAAUCUGUCACAGCCUGUGAAAUUCGAGCAAAUGCCAUGGAGAAGAUGAAUCAGUCCCUAGAACAAGAGCUUCAGGCAACUCUCUCCACUCUCAAAAUUAAACAGGAGGAAGCAGAGACUCAACAAAAGAGAUUUAAGACUUUGCAGCAAGAUGCAGAAGUGCGAAAAGGUUUGCAAGAAAAUCUGGAUUACCUAACUGUUACUCUAGGAAAAAGAGAUGAAGAAAUAAAAUCCCUGCUACAACAAAACAGAGAACUGGAGAGGCACAGAGAAAUGCAAAAAUCUGCUGUGGAACAUCUCACUAAAGAUCUAGAAAAGAGAGAGCAAGAAAUUGAAUCUCAAAACAAACAGAUUAAAGACUUGGGAAAGCAGAAUAAAACACAGGAGGCUGCUCUAGAGAGACUGAAUAUAGAUUUAGAAGAGACACUCCAGAAUGUGAAAUCUCAACAGGACAAGAUCCAAAUACUAGAAGACCUGUUACAAAACCAAAGCACUAUAAUGGAAAGCCUGAAUUUGAAUCUGGAGCAAAAAGUCAAAGAAAUGACAAUCAUGGAGGAAAAAAUCCACAUUGCUGAAGAGAAUGAGUCAGCACAAAUUGGUGCUCUGCUGAAAGAGUUGGGUGACUUGAAAAUAAGGUUGAGUGAAAAAGAUUGGGAACUCGCAUCUCAAAAGCAGCUACUUCAAGAACGGGAAGAACAGGGGGGGAAGCGGGAAAAGUCUCUUCACACCAGCCUAGAACACAUGAAGGCCAUUCUCAGGAACAAAGAAAGGGAGGUAGAAUCCCAGAGGGGACAGAUAACAAGAUUCCAGCAGUGCGAGGCUCAGCGUGAGAACCAUCUCCAUGAACUGCAAGAGAAAGUAAAACAGAUGACAUUCAUGUUGACCCAGAAAGAUCAAGAGCUUGAGUCACAAAAGCAGCAGAUAAAAGAGCUGGAAGGAGAAAUGGAAACAGAACUAAAGGCUCUUCGUGAACUUUUGGGUAAGACAGAGGCAUCCUUGAAGGAAAAGAACACGGAGUUGGUGUUUCAAAUGAAACAUGAAGAAGAACUGAAAAGGCAGUUAGGAGUUCUGCUUGGAGAUGUCCAGCACAGGGCAGCAGUAUUAAAGGAGAGAGAUGGUAGUGCAGAGUUUCAGAAAGAGCAAAUGCAGCAGCUGAAGCAAGAAGAGCUGCAAGAAACAGCUAUUGAUUUGUUGGAGCAACUCAGGGUGUUGCUAAAGGAGAGAAUGCAAGAAAUUGAGUCCCUGAAAGAGCAGCAAGAAGAACACAAGGAGGAGAAAGAAAGGCUUGUGAGAGAAAUGCAGACAAAUCUUGAAUUAGCAGAGCAUGCUCAGAGAAAUGGUGAGAGGCAACUGGAGUCCUUCAAGGAGGAGAAUUGCCAGCUUAAGCAACAAGCGCAAAAAGCAGCAGCACACACUAAAUCUCUAUUGGAGAAACUGGAGUUGAACAGAUCUUCUCUUCAAGACAGAGACAAGGAGAUAGAAUCUUUACAAGGGCACAUAAAGGAACUCUUGAGGCAGAAAGAAUUGGAACAGAAAAGUAUAGCGAGCCUAAAGCAGGAGCUAGAUAAAAUGAAGCAAUUAAUGUCAGAAAAGGAAGAUGAGCUUCACAAGCAGGCUGAGCAAAUUAGCACAUACCAGGUUAAAGUAGACGUCACUCUUGCAGAAUUACAGGUAUGCCAGAAUCGGGCAAGUCAUCUGGAGGAAGUAAUUAAACAGAGAGAAGAAGAAUGUGAGAGAGGCCACCAAAAGCUUCAGCACCAACACAAGCAGUUAAAAGAGGAUGAAAAAGAAGACUUUUUAGAAGAAGGGGAGAAAGAGAAGAGAACUCAAGAUGAGAGAGUGCAAAGGCUAAUGAAAGAUGAGAUGAAGGAACUUCUUGAGAACAUACAGCAUCUUCAACAUGCACUGAAGAAAAAAGAUGAGGAAGCUGAGUGGCAGAGAGAGAAUAUUAAGCGGCUGGAAGAGAGAGUUAGUGUUAAAGAGAAGGAAUUGUUAACCUGCAGUGAACAGCUGAAGGAAAUUGUUUCUCCUCUGAAAUCAGAAGAGAAGGGAGACUGCAAUUUACAGAGCUAUAUCCAAAAAAUUCUUAUGUGGAAGGAGGAGGAGGCAGCCAAGAACAAGUCUCUUCAGGAAAAGGAGCAGCAGUUGCAACGGCAAAAUGAAAAAAUUCAACACUUGGAAGACGAGAAAAGAGUAAAGAGACAGGAAUUUGAUCGUCUGACCGCUAUUCUGAAACAGACAGAAAGUGAAGAGAUAGAAUGGCGAGAGAGAGCACAGAAGCUGGGUUUGUCCCUGGCCCAGAGUGAAGAGGCCUUGAGAGCCCUGAGAGAAGAAAUGGCUAUUGUACAGAGCAUGGUUUCGGAAAGGGAUAAGGACAGGCUUCAUCUUCAAGUAAGGAUUUUAGUGGUGCUAUUUAAAAACUCUGCAAGUUGAUCUGUUAUAACAAAGGGGAUUAGACAAAUUCACAGAGGAUAAGGCUGUGAAUGACUACUGGAAUGAUGGCUAUGUUCUAGCCCCACUAAUGGAGGCAGCACAUCCCUGAAUAGCAUGAAAUCACAAGUAGAGAGGGUAUGGUUGCACUUGUGUCCUGUUUGUGAACUUCCCACAGACAUCUGUUUGGCUGCUAUGACAGCAGAAUGCUGGAGUAGAUGAACCUUGGGCCUCAUUCAACAGGGCUCUUCUUACACACUCUAUAAAAAUAAAGUAAGAUUAUAUUUCGUGGUAUGGUUGUAUCUGUCCUUCAGUUCAUUUUGUACUUUGUAGUAGGAGACUGUCUUGGCUAGAUAGCAUUAUAAAAAUGGGAUUUUAGUGAGGUACCUCCGUGUUGCUCUCCAGAUUUGCUGGACUACAACUCCCAUCAGGCCUAGUUAUUACAGCUAGUGGCCGGGGGUGAUGGGAGUUGUAGUCCCGCAACAAUGGGUGGGCACCACCUUAGUUACCCCUGCUCUGGGGUGUAAUUAGCAGGAUGUGAGUAACUCAUAAGAUGAAGUAGGAGAGAGAAAGAACCCAAGUAGCUGUGGGUUGAACCCUGACAGACACAUCCGCAUUUAGAUACAGUUCACUUGUGCAUAAUACUCUAGGGACACAGUAAUAACAUGUUUAAAAAGUCUGUGUAACUACUUGGGUACUUAGGUAAGUGAAUAAUAUGGUUUGUUCCGCAGGAGCAGUUAGAUACAGCUUUCAGAGCUCUGGAGGAAGAGAAACUAGUUACUAAAGCUCUGGCAGGAGAUGCAAGUCUGCUACUCAAAGAAAAUGACAUGCCAGAAGUAAGGCAAAAGGAGGUUGGAAAGGUAAGAUAAAGGAACAGGUGGGAAGGAUACCAAAAUAGAGAAGAACACUUGAAUUCUGAUGUAGAAGGGGCAGUUGUUGAGUUUCCCAAUUUAUGGCACAUGUCUAGUUUAAGGGGCUAAUUGCCUGAUUUUAAAAUUUCCAGUAACAACAGUGCUGAGACGGGGUUCUUUCCAAGAGAAGGAAAAGACUGUGCCCUAUCCAUGGAGUAAAGUGUCUGUUCUGCAUAUAUAUCAAUUCCAGUAUCUUUUAUGGUCCCUUCUUUACCCCACCCUGUUUUCUUCAUCAUGCAGGAUGUGAGAAAGGAGGGAGAGCUGACAUGGAUAGCUGAAAGGAGACUCUUAUGCAAACGCCUGCAGCUUCUGCAGCAAGCUGUUGCCAGGCUGGAGAAUGAUAAACAUGGCCUAAAGCAGCAUAAUAUGCAGCUUAGAGGUGCACUAGAGCAGGUGAGAUUACAAAAAGAAGAAGAAUCAGACUUAGUUCAUGUGCCUCCUCCCCAUUUCCCGGUGAAAUUUAAACCUACCUUAUCACUCAUUGCCCGCCCCUUAAGAUACUGUAACGGUGCCUGCUCCUGAUUUUUCCAGUGCAGACUUGUACUGAUUUAAUGGGCCGGUGAUCUUUUUGUUAUUUUCUCUCAUACUCUGUGUUCAGAGAUUCGGUGCUUUCUAGAAUACCAAUGUCCUGUGCGACCUAGCCUGCUCAGCUCCCGUGCUUGGGGUCGUCCAUUUUCACAACCUUCUUCUGCUUAUCCCUGUUUGUCCUGAUGAUCAUUGUCAUAAUCUCUUUUGUGAAUGCCCUUGCCUGCUUUUUCUCUUGUCUUCAGGUAGAACGUGAACGUAGGAGACUGAAAAGAAGUCAUGGAGACCUUUCUCUGAGCUCUGGCCUCUCCCAGGCUGAUUCUGGCACCCAAAAGGUUCCAUCUCUAGCAAAGGUCUGAAUACUUGCAUCCCAUCCAUUAUUUUUGUUCUGUAAUAUCCUGUAAUAUCUUUUCUUCUGGAUAUUAGCAUGCUGGUCUCUAAACUCUUUUUCAGUGCUAUUGUUGUCUUCAGUUGUCCUUGGAUAAAUGGAAGAAAAAAAUAAAUUUCCUCUUUAGUACUUUUCUCCCAUGUUGUAGGCGUCUUGAAAAUAAGCAAGUGGCUGAAUCUUGUCACUUUUCUCUCUCUAGGAAGAAAUUCAGGUUCUCCAUAAGCAACUGGAAGAGUUACAAAAGCAGGUGAGCAGUUCAUUUCUAUAGCACCCUGAGGCUUUCAGAACGGUGUGCCUCUUUCUCUACCUCUUCUUCCGUUUUGCAUCUCCACUGUAGAUGAGCCCCUAUAGUAGAGAUGGCUAACCUGUAGCAUCUGCCCCUACAAGCCGUCCUUUAAAGGUAAUAAUAAUUGGAGCUAAUGGAGAUUCAUUGAAGCACUUUACCAUCAGUGGCAUCUGGACAAAUCUUUUAAGGGAGAGAGGAUGUAUGCUUCCUCCCCACCUUAAUCUGUUGAAAUCUUAGUCCCUCCUUUAACAUAGCUGUUUAUUACCGAUCAUGUCACUUUGCUCUUGUUCUUGUAUAAAAUGUUUACUUACACAGCUUACUAUGCAAACACUGAAAAAUGUUAGAAAUGAUUAAUAAUAAUAAACCUGGAUGAUAAAAAAUGGGACUGAAGGUGUUCCUUGCUGAGAUGCAGAACUGUUGAAAGCAAGAUACUCAGAAUCAAACCAUCUAGUAGUUCCUGAUACUAUCUUUUUCGUUUUUAGGUUUCUGUUCUACAAAAGCAGCUGUCAUUGGAGCGGAAGCAGAAGCAGGAUUAUGUUGACUGCUGUGCCAAAACAAGCCAGGAGCUUUCCUGCCUACACCAAGAGCUUUCUGAUUCUUUAGCUGCUGUGGCUAAGGAGCCCGAGGCUGCUGUCCUGGAACUGGAGACUCGCAAGUUGGAUGAAACCCUGAACCACAGCUUGGCAGUAGGCUGGGAUGGUUUCUUUUCUGGAAAACAACCAAUAAACUCAACACCCAAAACAGUCCAGAAGACCUCAAGAUAG